AUGCUGGGAUUCGUGCCGCCAGCCGACAUCGUCUUCCCUGUGCGGACGGAGCCGCGGUCGUACUUUGCCAACGAACGCACGCUCCUCAUGUGGUAUGAGCUGUCGAUGACGCUUGCUGUGCUUGGUGCUGCCCUGCAGACCUCGAGCAACUCGUUCACCAUCCAGUCGGUUGGCAUUGCUCUCAGCAUACCAGCGCUCGCGUUCGUGGUUUACGCGCUGCGAAUGUACUUUCUGCGCUUCUCGUCCCUCGAGUACAAGCGACCGCAGCACUUUGAAGACAAGACGGGUACGCUCGUUCUCUGCCUUCUCGUCACUGGCAUGGUCGUUGGCAACUCUGCCCUCGUGGCGGCAAAGAAAUCGAGUGUCCGCGAGUGGCACUCCGGGAGUGGAUAA